CGCUGUUAGGUUGUGUGAGAGGACGCUAUGUGAUUUCACAAAUCUAAAAAUGCCGCGACAACGCAUUAGAACUACCACACGAGGAACUACUGACAUGGAAGUGUACCGAAAAGCGGCUGAAGAGCAUUUCAAAGAUGGUACAAAAAUUAGAUUCCUGGCAAAAAAAUAUAAUGUUUGUCAUGUAACAUUAUAUAGAUACAUCAAAAAAAUUAAAGCAGGAAAUACAAGCGCAGUUGUAGGCUACCGUUGUGUCAACCGUGUUUUUACUGACAAUGAGGAAAAAUGUCUUCAGGACUAUUUAAUCGAAUGCUCUGGAGUUUAUUUUGGGUUAACUCCAUCUGAAGUACGUAAAUUGGCAUAUGAGUUGGCGAUAAAAAAUGGAAAAACAUUUCCUGAAAAGUGGCACGAUACUCAAAUGGCGGGUAAGGAAUGGUUGACGGGUUUCUUAAAACGACACCCGAUCCUCUCUUUGAGGUGUCCUCAAGCAACAAGCCUGUCACGGGCCUCGAGUUUCAAUGAACAUAAUGUGAGUAAGUUUUUUGAUAACCUUGCUAACGUAAUGGAUAGGUAUAAGUUUGAACCAAAAGAUAUUUGGAAUAUGGAUGAGACAGGGGUGACCACUGUCCAAAAACCUAGUAAGAUUUUAGCUCCAAAAGGAAUUAAACAAGUAGGCGCAAUAACCUCAGCAGAACGUGGGAGAUUAGUAACUGUUGCUGUUGCAAUUAAUGCUCAAGGAGGACACAUAUCGCCUUUUUUUGUAUUCCCGUUGAAGCGAUACCAAGACCAUAUAAUACGCGAAGGUCCUGUUGGUUGUGCCGGAGCUGGCAAUGCUAGUGGAUGGAUGCAGGAAGCAGAAUUUUUACUAUUUCUAGAACACUUCAAAAAACAAGUUAAGCCAACAGUUGAUCAAAAAUGCUUGUUACUGCUCGACAACCAUGCAUCACAUAUAUCUAUCCAAGCUCUAGAUUUUUGUAAAAAAAAUGGAAUAGUACUGCUGUCGUUUCCACCUCAUUGCACACACAAACUUCAACCUUUAGAUAGAGCAGUAUUUGGCCCAUUCAAAAAAAUGAUAAACAUCGCUACAGAUAACUGGAUGCGGAAUCAUCCUGGUCGAACAAUGACUAUUCAUUACAUUCCUGGUAUUGUUAGAGAAGCAUUUCCUCUUUCCGUCACUGAUCGAAAUGCAAUUGCCGGAUUUACCUAUACCGGUAUAAGUCCAUUUAAUAGGAACAUAUUUACUGCUGUUGACUAUGCACCAUCAUCAGUCACUGACCGGCCUUUACAAGUUAACAGUGAAAUUCCAGCUAAUAAUUUGUUCACCUGUCUUGAUUCAACGUCCUCCAUCCAAGUUGAUUCGGAUACUCCACUUGAUAAUCUUCCAACCUUGAGUGACCAGACUGUCCAUCGUACAGUGAUCAAUGAUUUGUCAAAUAAAUCAUACCAUCAGAGAUCCAACUCGCCAGUACCUGGACCUAGCGGGCUACAGCAAGCAAAUUUUUCUCAGCCGUUUGAUUUUACACCCAAAGAUCUUAGACCUUUACCACAAGCAGGUCCAAGGACUAUAUCAAAUAAAGGACGUAAAAAUCGUAAGACGGCAAUAUUGACAGACACGCCCGAAAAAAACGCAAUUCAAGAAGAAUACCAAAAAAGAAAUAAAGCCAAGAAAAUGGUUUUACAACCUGAUAAUGGAAAUUAUAAGAGGAAGUUGAUAUCUACGAAAGGGAAGGGAAAAGGAAAAAAGACAAAGAAGGUAGCUAAAGGCAAGGAAAAUAAAUCUGACGACGAAGAUUGCUUCUGUCUCGUUUGUUUAGAAUGUUUUAGCAACAGUCGACCAAAUGAGCAAUGGGUACAAUGUACCGAAUGUAAAAUGUGGUCACAUGCUGAGUGCGUUAAUGAUGACCUAAAUUAUGUGUGUCAUAAUUGUGAGUCUGAGUAA